AUGUCGGGGCCCGUUGGGAGGCCCCCUGAGGGUUUGAUGGGCAGUGCUCCUCGCAGCGUGUUUGCGCUGCGCACGGCGGAGUCAGGAGGCAGCAGCAGUAGCAGCAGAAGCAGCAGCAACAACCCCCGUCCACAACAGGCAGCCGCCUCCCAGUCCACCACGUCCUCCUCCCGCUUGGCGACCGCCUACCGCUCCUUUAAACUGUGGGUAGAGAAUCUGCUUGUGACGGGUCUCAACCCCACAGUGGGCCACCUAUCUAAAAGCUCCGUCCCUUCCGCAGUAGCGCCCUCGACAGGGGCGGCAGCGGGAGCAGCAGCAGGAGCUGCAGCAGCUUCUCCUGCUAACGGUAGCCCUACAGCAUCAACCAAAAGCAAACGGGAAGGUAACCAGAUAUGUUCAGAGUUGAGCCGCUCUUGCUGCUCUUCUGCCACUCCAUUCAGCCGAGACAUCUCUCCCGAUGUUGGGGGGCCCCUUAGGCGCCAUCAAGCGACUGCUUCAGUGGGGGGCCCAGCAGAGGGGCCCCUCAUCCCCCCUUUGGGGUCCUUGUCUGAAAACUUCUUACACCGUUCUGUGCGGAGCCAGACGGGCCCCGCGUAUCUGCCAUCACGCCUGCCAUUCUCGUGCGUACGUACACCUGAGGGAAGGCCUCAGGAGUGCAGUGAUUUGCGUGGGCGGUAUUUUGUCUCUAAAGGUUCUAAGGAACACGAUAUGCGCUACGUGGAUCUCUGCCCAGGAGUGUGCCCCCCGUCAAGCGAAUGCACACCUCGGGAACCGGUUGUGUCUGGUGUAUCUCCUUGUGCAGCAGACGCAGACGCUGCAGCAGCAACUGCAGCAGCAGCUGCGCGGCUCAGGAGUUGCUGCCUGAGUGGUCCAGCUGUUGCAUGCCCUUCGCACAACCCUGAAGGAGCUCCCUUGAUCCACAAGGCUUCUCUUCGAGGUCCCUGUCCGUGGGAACCCCAGACCGCCACUGCAGGGGCAGAGGGCCCAACACCUGUCCGCAAGCCGACAUUUACACCUUUCGGUUCGUCUAGAGUUCGUUGGGAGGACGUAAAGGCGGACGUUUCCUUAGGGGCCCCUUUAGGGCCCCCGUGUGGGGUGCCUCGAGUGGGUGGUGUAGCAGGGCAUCUGGUGCUGGAUGACGGUGGAGCUGAUGGCGCUGGCCGCUGGCAGCAACAGGGGCCUGGGAAGGAGGAGGCGGGGGGGGCCCUGGGGGCCCCUACAUGCAGGCGGGCGGGGGAUGGCGCUGCUGUUGCUGUUGCUGAAGAUGCGAGUGCUGGUGGCGGUUGGAAUAUGCUCCAUUUCUCUUGUUCGCUUGAACAUUCUGCCAACUCUGCUGCGGCUUCGGGGGCCGCCCGCAGCGGCAUUUAUAAGGAAGAGGGGUUCGUGCACGGCUUGAACAGCGUCUUGAGUGUGCGCUUCAGCAACACCAACAGCCGGACCAACACAAACACCCACACUCACACAAAUAUACACACAAACAGCACCAACAACUGCAACAGCAACAACAGCAGCAGCAGCACCAACCAUCUCAAGAAUUCUCCCCGCCAUAAUUUCUCGCUUGUCUUCAAGGACCCCGAAGUAGAGACGGCCUAUGGUGAAUUUUUGAGAAAGGCGCGCGCGAAACGCCUGGUGGUGGUGGGCAUUUUGACAAUUGUUUUGAAUACCCUCUACGACUUACCCGAAUGGACUGCCAUCUUCACCUCUCCGCUGAUGGAACAAAGCCCCUCCGACGCCACCGACAGCCUUUCAGCAGCAGCAGCAGCAAAGGCGCAACAGCCGCAUGCGAGCAGCCUCUCAACGGGGCUUUUGUUGGCUUUGGAUGUCGUUGAAACGCUGUUGCUGCCCGUCCAAGCAAUAAUGACAUCGACGUUUCUGCGGAGUAUCGUGGGUAGCGUGUUAAUAGAUGCAGUGUGUUUGGUGCGGCGGCGCAUGCUAAUGCACUACCAUAAGUUGAUGCUGCUGCUGCUGCUGCUGCUCCUGACAGCAUGCACGGUGGGGGGCGUGAAGAUGGGUUUCCCCUUCUCCUUUCUUGUUUUCACCUGGACUGUGGGGCUGGCGAGCUGCAUCGUCAUUGGUGCUUCUUACGCAGGCGCGUACAUGGGGGAGUUGAUGCACAGGCGUGCCUUUCUGAGCGUUGCUGCUGUGUCAGCGAAGCUGCAGAUGCUACAACAGGAGAGCAGCAACCAAAAGGCGACAGGGAAGAACAUGCUGGAGCAGCUCGUGGGGCUGGUGAAGCAAAUGGGGGUUUCUCUCAGCGCUGUAGACCCGACGCCCCUCGACAAAACUGCAAAAGAAACCUUCCUCUACGUCUGCGCUGUACAGGCCAAAUGCCUCGAUGUACUUACCAGCGGAAGAAAUAUGUAUGCAGUUAAUUGGCUAGCCCCCGAUGUCCCCCCAGAUGUUCAGCAGCUGUACAGACAGUUUAUUGAACCCUACAUCAGGCAGGAUUCCGCACCUCUCCACACGCAGGAUAAUCAGUCAGCCGUAAACGCUUCAACUCCCCACAACUUACCCUCUCAAACUAAAACCCUCACUCACGCUGUCUCGACACCCCUUGCUGCUGCUCCCCUAACGACAGCCCCAGCAGCAGCAGCAUCAGCAGCAGCAGCAGCACCAGCAGCAGCUGGUACUGCGACACCAACUCUGUCCUUAGCACAGUCCUCACAAGCCAUUUCCCAACCCCAAGCGCCCCAAGCCUCUGCGUCCCCUGCAGACGCACCCUCAACAACAGCACCCUCAGCAGCAGCACCAGCACCGGCACAGCCUGCAGCAGCGGCACCUUCUGUAGCAGCAGCGGCAACAGCAACAACAGCAGCAGCAGCAUUUCGGCCGAUCCCUCUGCCUCUGCGCGAGGGCGUCCGUCUGCCCGAAGUGGAGUCUGAAGCCUUCAUACCCCCAAUGCAUUAUUGCGAGGCAAAGAAAAAUCCGCUUCCCAACGCACAACCAGAUGAACCAAAAGCCCCUUCCCCUCCACAAGCAGCAGCAGAAACACCAGCAGAAACGACAGCACCUGAUGUUGCUGCUGCGGCUGAUCCUGCUGUAGGAACUCCAGCUGUUGCGGGAAACACAGCUGGCCUACACAAGCGGGAAGAACAAAGCGGGGCAAAACCACUUCAUAACUUGGAAGACCCCAUCCCGCAAAAGGAUCAUCAGGCGGGGAAUGUAGCAACGGGAGCUGCGCCAGCGGCCCCCGCACCCAGCGAGGCAACAGCAGCAGCAGUAGCAGAAUCAGCAGAGCCACCAGCACCAGCACCAGCCGCAGAUACAGGGGCACAGCAACUUCAAUGUCCUGCCGGAGAGGCUCCUCCUUGGGAGGGGGCGUUUGCAGGUUCAGAAGGGGUGGUAGAGGCGGCCUUCCAAAAUCCUACACUCAGCACAGUCGCUGCGGCCACUGGCGUCGAAUGGACCAUCGAUAUGUUCGCCGUAGACCAGUCCACUAACGGAAAUUGCAUGCUCUUUGUUGGUCUCCAGCUGCUUCUGCCCCACCUACAGCAGCACCGCGGCUUAAGCUGUUCAUUUGCAGCCCUCUGCGCCUUCCUCAAAGCCCUACAGGCUCAGUACCUCCCCAACCUCUACCACAAUCGCAUGCAUGCAGCUCUUGUAGCACACUUCUCCGUCUUGUUAGCAAGAAGUUCUAACCUAUACCCAACGUUCCCACGUCGCCUCGGCACGCCCGCUGAAGCGCUGCUGGCGUCCGCCCCCUCCCUACAUACCGGACCCGGAGGGGGGGUCUUGGGGGGCCCCCCACCAGCUGGGCCCAGCAGCAUGACGUGCAAGGAUGGCUAUUCGCGAGAAGAGUCGUUGCUGCUUCCCAGCUGCAGCUUGGGGACACAGGCGGAUGUGCAUGCAGGUGGAGUCCAGCGACGAGCUGCUGUAGAUGAUGAAGUUGUGAUUUGCAUUGCAGCGCUCGGCCACGAUGUGGGGCACCCUGGGUUGAAUAACGCAUUUCUUGUGUCUACGAAUCAAUCGCUUGCCCUCGUGUAUAACGACAACGCCGUCUUAGAGAAUUUUCACGCAUACAAAACAUUUAAAACCCUCGCCGAUACCGCCGAUGUCGAUGGAGGCGUUCUGAAGUUGCGGCGUCAGGUCAUUGAGUUGAUCCUUUCUACAGACAUGGCGCAGCAUUUCCCGAUUUUGUCUUCUUUCCGUGCUCGCAUCGCCUCGCAGACAUUCUCCGUUGCCUCAAACGAAGAGGACAAAUGGAUGCUAGCAAAACUCUUCAUAAAAGCCGGAGAUAUCGGGCACUCUAUGCUGGCUUGGGAACAGCACUACGUAUGGGCGUGCCGCGUCAAUGAGGAGUUUUACGCACAAGGAGAUGUGGAGGAGAAUUUGGGUUUGGGCAUUUCUCCGCUUUGUGACCGCCGCAAGGCCGCUGAAAUGCCGGCGGCUCAGUGCGGCUUUUUAGAAUACAUCGUGCUACCUCUAGUAGGGGAAAUAAGAUCAUGUUUUGAGCAGCAGCUGACCCAACAUCAUCAACAACAGCAGCAGCAACAACAACAUCAACAGCAACAGCAUCAGCAGCAGCAACAGCAACAGGCUUUGUCUACUGCGUGGUCUCUUGUAGAGCCUGCCUGCGCCGGCCUGCAUGUGAUAGAAGGCAUCAUUGGCCACGCCAAUUAUAAUCUCAGGUGUUGGAAAAGUCUGGCGAAUGCCCCUACCCCGCCUCCUGCAGCAACUCCUACUGCCUCUUCAGAACCCCUUAGCGCAGCAACAGAGAGAGUAGGCAGCCUCACGGACACGGGACGGCAUGCAUCAGCGGCUUUUACAGUUUCUACUGUGGCAAAUGCAGCUCAGGCGCAGCAGCAACAGCAGCAGCAAUCUAAGUAA